UGAAUUUAAUCGACAAGAUGAGCGAGAAGGAGUUCUUGCCGACAACCGUCUGCAAUAUGCAGCUGAAUGUACCACCUAGACAGCGUCCCAUAGUGCGCUCGGUUUGUGGGCCAGACUAUAUGCCACGCAGCACUGAAUCGGUUCAAUCCGCCAUCAGCAUGGAGCCCCAAAAUGUGACCGUUAAGUUUUGCAUAGCGCCGGACAAGUUGAUUGCCCAGGUCUAUCCGAACUGCAUGACCAUGGCCGAGGUUAAGCAGGAUGUAGCGCGCAGAUUUGAGGUGGAUCCGAUGCUGCUGCUCAUCAAGCAGGAGGGUAGCCUGAUCUGCAAUACGGUGCCCAUAUAUGCGACCAUUUCGGACGAGUUUGGCAUACACAAAUUUGACCUGGAACUUGCACAGAAGCCAAAAGUCGACGAAUGCGAUCCCUCACCCAAAUUGAGUCUGCGCGUUUACUACGAAAAAUACCGCUUGCCCGACUAUUUGACGGUGCACAUCUCCGGCGAGGAUACGGAGGACGGGCAGCCAAAGAAUAUUGUGGUCGAGAUCGAGAAUUCGGCUAUUGAGAAGCCCUUUUUGUGCGGCUACCAGGAUAAGAAAACUGGCAAACAAUAUCUGGAUGCCUUUACACAAACCGGUCCAUACUUUGACAAAUGGAAAUAUAAACGCUAUCGUACACGCGACACCCAAACCUGGGAGCACAAGGAAAAGAUUUUGAAUACAGCCCAUGAGCAGUCGGUGCAAUGUUACCUGGAUAAAAUCAACAUUAGAUACGAGUCGACGGCCACAGAUUUUGAGAUCAUACCUGGAAAAUAUCAAACAUACGCGCAGAUCGAACGCGCCGAGCAUAAGCUCGAGAAGAUUCUACUUAUACAGCGCAACUGGCGGCGCUGGAUACUCUGGAAAUAUAUUCAUCUGCGUGCCGCGGAGUAUAGGCGUCUGGUUAAGAAUCGCCUGGAUGAGGACGAGCGUUACGAGAAGUGCGUGGAGCAGCGAGUGGAACGCAAUGAGAAAAUCAAACAGUUUCCACGCACCAACGAUGACUUUGACUUGCUCUUUGCCGAAAUCUCACGCUGGAAGCGGGCGGAACUCAAGCGCAUUGCAGCCAACUAUGAGGGACCUGCCCGCAUAUCCGAGGUCAACAUCCUGUUGGACAAGGAGAUUAGCUUGCUCAACGGUGUGGAGCGACAGCGGCGACUCGUUCACCUGGCCAUGGAGGACUUCCGCAACGAUCAGCUCUUAAAGAAAAUGGGCAAGCCGAUCGAAUGGAUUGGCUACAAUGAUACGAAAAUACACAUGGACUUGUUGCGUACGCAGCGUGUGCGAUUUCUAACUGAGAUCUACAAGGAUUUGCGCAAAACGGAUGAUAAGGAGAAGCGCCUGGAGCUGUUGGGACGUGUCAUGCAGUUGGUUGCCGAAGAAUCCUGCUUUCCUAACUUUGCUGAGCUUUUCGAUCUGUUCGAUCGCGAGAGGAACUUGCUGCUCUAUACCAGGUCCUGCGAUGUGGAAAUCCUACGCAAACGCCAGAACAUAUUAUUCUUUGAGCUGAUUAAAUUUCAGAAGAAUGGCAUACCAGACAAGGUUCCCUCGCGCAUGUGCAUCGUCUGCAAGAAGGUGAAGCCGUAUGCAGAGUUCGCAAUCCGCACGCGCCAGAGUCACGUGGACACUUGCAAGCAUUGCUAUUACCUGAAGUUGGUGGCCACAGAGAAUAAUGUGUAUCAGUCGAUUCUACGCUGUAUUCAGCGCGACGAGCGCAAACGCAAGUGCGCCUCAUCCUUUGCCUUUGUCAUUCAGCAGGACGAUGUGCGUCAUUUGAUAGACAAAAUCUGGCAUGGUCAUUCGGCGCUGAGCAAGUCGGAGAAUCUAAAUGAGUUGCGUUUACCUCGCUGGAAUAAGAGCGACGAUUGGUCGCCAUGGAACUGCAUUUGCCUGACAGAGCGUGAAACGCGCGAUCAUUACAAGAUCGAGGACCUGGAGAAGGUCUACGAUCCCAAGUUCAUACUGCAUGUGGCCAAUAGUCAUAUGCUGGCACGCAAUCUAUUCCACACGCUCGCUGCUGUUGCCACUGAGUUCCAGGAGACAGGAUUGUGGUGGAAGGUGGGCAUGAACAAGCAGCGCAGCAGCAAAUUGGAUGCAGAGUAAAACGAAGAAGCACACCAAACAAAAAACAAAUACAGUUACUUUAUCAAAUUAAAAGUUUUAUCGGGG